AUGUGGGGAUUGGGGAGUGGGGAUGAACCUUCCUCGGCGGCCCCCCCUGCUGUUGUCAGCGAAGCUCGCCGCCUCGGUGCCCCCAGCGCCACGCGCACCAAGCCGCGCCCCGUGCUCAUCAGCUUCAGCGGCGUGGCAGCCAAGCACGCUGCCCUCAAGCACAGCAAAGCCCUGCGCCAGCGCCAGAUUUUCCUGGAUCCCGACCUCACCCCGCAGCAGCAGCGCAUCCGCGUCAGCAUGCGCCCACACUAUGUCGCCCUGAAGACAGCCGGCAAGCAGCCCUUCUGGCGCGAGGAGCGCCUCUUCGUCCGGGAGGGCGACCGCGUGCGUGAGCACAUGCCUGUGCCUGGGCCUCCCCCGGCUGCCGCGCCGGGCGCCGCUGCCGCCCCGGGUGCUGCCACUGCCGGGCCCUCUCAGGCCGCGCCUUCCUCCCCCGGCCGCGCCGACUCCUACGCCGAAGCAGUGCGCCGCUAG